AUGAGAUGGCAUGAUACAGAGCGAUUGGGUGAAAAUGAUAAGAAGAUUUUAAGGCAUCCUUCAGAUGGCUUAGCAUGGAAGGCAUUUGAUGAGCGUCAUAGAGAUUUUGCAUUAGACCCUCGUAGUGUUCGAUCAGGUCUUGCGAGUGAUGGUUUUAAUCCUUACCGUUUAAUGAACACCACUUAUAGGGUUGAAGCAUUUGAUGCUUUUGCCGGAGAGAAAUUUAAUUUGCGUGCGGCUUUGCUUUGGACUAUUAAUGACUUUCCCGGCUAUGCAAUGCUCUCUGGUUUGAGCACAAAAGGUUACAAUGCAUGUCCUAUAUGCUUAGAUUCCACGCCUUCUGAUAGAUUUGGGAGCAAGAUUUGCUAUUGUAGCUAUAGAAAAUGGUUACCUGCAGAUCACCCAUAUCGAUGUCAAGGUGCCAAGUUUUGUGAGAAGUUUGGAACUAAUGAGUGGGGUAAAGCCCCAUCUCGUCCUAGCGGCACUGAUAUAUUGAGGCAGCAAGAAAAGUUGAAGCAUGUUUACGGAAAGUCAAAAGCACCACCGAAAAAGAGGCAAAGAAGACAUGAUGAUGAUGAUGAUGAUGAUGUCCAAGAUGAAAGUGACUUUGGUACCAAGAGAAGCAUAUUAUUUGAUUUGGUGUAUUGGGAGCAUAAUCUUCUAAGGCAUAAUUUAGAUGUGAUGCACAUUGAGAAAAACGUGUCUGAGAAUAUUUUGGGAACUCUUCUUAGUAUGGAUAAGAGUAGAGAUAGUAAGAAUGAUAGAGAAGCCCUUGAAGCAUGGAGAAUAAAGUCUCACCUUUGGCUGAGUACUAAUCCUAACGGAAGUGAAUGCAUGCCUUUGGCUUCCUAUUCUAUGUCUACGGAGGAGAAGGAGAGGUUCCUAAAUGUUUUGCAGAAAAUUAAAGUUCCUGAUGGAUAUGGAUCCAACCUUUCUAGUUGUGUGAAUAUGAAGCAAAGGAAGCUGAUUAACCUCAAAAGUCAUGACAACCAUGUUCUAAUGCAGGAUAUCCUUCCCGUUGCCUUAAGGGCCUCUAAAGCUACAAAAGUGAUUGACUUGUUGGCUAGAUUGUCUUCCUUUUUGAAGAAGUUGUGCUCUACUACUAUUGAUCUAGAUGAUUUAGAUGGUCUUCAAGAUAAAAUUAUUUUAAGUCUUUGUGACUUGGAAAGGGAGUUUCUGCCUUCAUUUUUCACAAUCAUGGUCCAUUUGUUGAUUCACUUAGUGGAGGAGGUUAAACUUGGUGGACCAGUGCAAUACAUAUGGAUGUAUCCCAUUGAAAGGUACUUGUCCCAUUUGAAAUCACAUUUAACCAAUAAAGCCCAACCUGAAGGAUCUAUUGCAGAAGGCUUCCUUUUAGAGGAGACAAUUAGGAUGGAUGAUGACAUUCCAAAUCCCAAUGAUUACUUGUUUAAUUCCGGUGGUCGAGUUAUUAGGAAGGAUGUCAGCAUUCGCCUUGAUGACAAAAGCUUAAAACAAUCUCAUCGCUACAUUUUGCUUCACUCCGAUGAGAUAAAAGGGGAUCUAGAUGAAUUUUUAACCGAGAAACGUCAAAUGAACUUACAAAAUCCUGUCACGGAGAGUGAUGAAAGUAACUGGAUCAUCAAUGAAUUUGGAGGGUGGCUGCAAAAUAAGUUACAUUGCAUAGAUGCAACCACCGAAGAUGGGAAACUAAGAAAAGCUUUGGCGGGUGGUUUGCAUUCUUAUGGCAGAAAAUUAAAAGGAUACAUAAUCAAUGGAUACAAAUUCCUUUCCACGGAUCGCGAUUGUCGUCGUUUGACACAAAAUUCUGGAAUUAUAGUCGAAGCGGAUGGAGAGGAAUACUAUGGAAAAGUGAAAGAUAUCUAUGAAUUAGAUUAUUACGGAGAUUACAAAGUUGUAUUGUUUCGUUGUGAUUGGGUAGACAUUCAUAGGGGUGUAAGAGCAUAUCCAAACGGCGGAGUAUGCGUCAAUUUCUCUAAAUUGAUGCAUUCUGGACGAUUGUUGCAAGAUGAUCCAUUUGUAUUCUCAUCUCAAGCAAAACAAGUUUUUUACGUAGAAGAUGAGAUACAAAAGGGAUGGUUGCAUAUUGUUAAGAACAAGCCUAGAGAAAUGUUUGAUUUAGGGGAUUCUUUACCAGUAGAGGAAGAGGGUGGGGCCAAUUGA